AUUAUGUUCAUGAGACUAGUUGGAUUGAUCGCUGGAUUCAUGCUCUAAAGCAGCGUGAAAUUCAAAAGCUUGUACUAGACUUUUCUGAAUAUGGACACUAGUUUAGUCUUGAGACAAUGGCAGACUAUGGGGAUUCCCUGUGCUUAUGCCUGCCCUCUAUUGUCUUUUCUUGCGAGGCAUUGGUGGCUUUUGAAGUUGUAUUUGAAUUUGGACUAUGAUCUUGUUGAUCUUAAAGUCCCAGCCAAGGUUUGCUUCCCAAGGCUUAAGGUUCUUUGCAUUAGAGUUCCCUUUUCAAAUGACGUAACCGUGAAUUACAGCCUCGUGUUUGUAGAUGUGCAGUUUCUUGCCAAAGCAAUCAUUGUUCAUGACUGCAGUUCGUUGUGUCCUAUGGUUUAUGAUGCUACUCUGACCCUGCGAUUCAAUAUGGUUCCUAUCCCACCUCUUCGUAACAUGACACAUUUGACAAUUACUGGUUUGGACUACUUUUGUGGCUCGCCUUGCUUUAAAUACUUUCUUGCACAUUGUAACGUUCUUGAAACUCUAGCCAUAGAGGUUCUUCCCAGAGUGUUUGACAUUGAUAUCGAGGUAUGAAUUUCGUAUGUAAUUCAUAUUUUUUCUAAUCGUUGAGGUAUAAUUUGAAAAAUAACUCAAAUGUCUUGCAGCCUAUACAGCAAGUAACUAUUACAAUUGGUUGUGUUAUGUAUGUUUUUUUUUUUGAUCAGGGACUUCCAAGAAAG